AAUGAUACUUCGGCUCUUUUUGAUGUGAAAAGACUUGCUCCACAUAUAUAAAGAGCCUUCCCAACUCAACUUAAAGCACAUCCAUCUCUCUCCCCAACAAAACUAUAAACGCGUGCAUUCAGCAAGGAGUUUUAAAGCACAUACAAAGUGAUAAAUUUCAUUGAAUUACUUGCGACUCUUAAAGAGAUAGGAGCAAUCCGUGGAGAUGUCUCUGAAAUUGCUAUUUGACCAUAGGAGAGAAUAAUCCAAAUGGUUAAAUACCAUUAUUGCCUUGUUGUUAUUGACUUUUACUAUUGCAGCAACAUUAGCCGAAAUUAUGCAAAUGGUUAAGACCAUUGUUGACUUGCAAUUAUUUUAAUUUCCUGUAUUAACUCUCCGGUGAAGAAAAGCUACAAAUUAGAGGGGUUUUCCUUCCUUCAAGGGUAUUCAGAAAUGGCUGUGAACGAAUGGCUAAAUGGUUAUUUGGAAGCCAUAUUGGACGCGGGAAGAAGCAACAUAAAAAAGAGAAAUGAUGGCAAGCUCAAAAUCACAAAGUUUGAAGAAGAGAAGGAUCAGAGGGAUGAAACGUUGUUUAGUCCCACUAAGUACUUUGUUGAAGAAGCUAUUAAUAGCUUCGAUGAAUCUGACUUCUACAGAACAUGGGCUAAGGUAAUAGCCACAAGGAAUAGCCGUGAGCGCAGUAACAGGUUGGAGAAUAUGUGCUGGCGCAUUUGGCAAGUGACUCGCAAAAAGAAACAAAUUGCAUGGGGUGAUGCUCACAAGCUUGCAAGAAGGCGUCUUGAUCGUGAGCAAGGCCGUAACGAUGCAGCGAAUGACCUUUCUGAGCUCUCAGAAGGUGAAAAAGAAAAAGGAGAUGCCACUGCUUCAGAAUCUGUCAAGGAUCAUAAUAUUUCCAGAAUCAGUUCUGAAACCAAACUUUGGUCGGAGGAUAAUGAUAAGUCUAGAAACCUUUACAUUGUCCUAAUCAGUGUUCAUGGUUUGGUACGAGGAGAAAAUAUGGAACUUGGGAGAGAUUCUGAUACUGGUGGCCAGGUCAAAUAUGUAGUAGAACUUGCUCGUGCUCUAGCUAACACGAAAGGAAUUUACCGUGUUGAUUUAUUGACUAGACAAAUUGCUGCCCCAGAAGUGGAUUUCAGCUAUGGAGAGCCUAUAGAGAUGUUGUCAUGCCCCUCUGAUGGCAGUGACAGUGGAGGAGCAUAUAUUAUUCGUCUACCAUGUGGACCACGCGAUAAGUACAUCCCAAAAGAAUCACUCUGGCCUCACAUACCUGAAUUCGUGGAUGGUGCCUUGAACCACAUUGUUAACAUGGCAAGAGCUUUAGGGGAGCAAGUGAAUGGAGGGAAGCCAACAUGGCCUUAUGUUAUCCAUGGUCACUAUGCUGAUGCUGGAGAGAUUGCAGCUCAUUUAUCCGGUGCGUUGAAUGUGCCUAUGGUGCUAACAGGUCAUUCAUUAGGCCGGAACAAGUUUGAACAGUUGUUGAAGCAGGGUAGGCUCUCUAGGGAGGCCAUAAAUGCAACCUACAAGAUCAUGAGGAGGAUUGAGGCUGAGGAGAUGAGUUUAGAUGCUGCUGAAAUGGUCAUCACUAGCACAAGGCAAGAGAUUGAAGAGCAGUGGGGAUUGUAUGAUGGCUUCGAUCUCAAGUUGGAGAGGAAGCUUAGGGUCAGGAGAAGACGUGGAGUGAGUUGCCAUGGAAGACACAUGCCAAGGAUGGUGGUAAUUCCGCCAGGCAUGGACUUCAGCUAUGUAACAGCACAAGACUCAAUUGAAGGCGAAAGGGAACUCAAGUCUCUGAUCGGAUCUGGUAGAGCUCAAAGCAAAAGGAACUUACCUCCCAUUUGGUCUGAGAUAAUGCGAUUUUUCACAAAUCCUCACAAACCAUUGAUACUAGCCUUGUCCCGCCCUGACCCGAAGAAAAAUGUCAUGACUUUGAUCAAGGCUUUCGGCGAAUGCCAUGCCCUAAAGGAACUGGCUAACUUGACCCUCAUUCUUGGCAAUAGAGAUAACAUUGAUGAAAUGUCUGACAGCAGCUCUGUUGUUCUAACCAUGGUGCUCGAGCUCAUUGACAAGUAUGAUUUGUAUGGUCUAGUGGCUUUUCCCAAGCACCAUAAGCAAUCUGAAGUUCCAGAAAUAUAUCGUCUGGCUGUGAAAACCAAGGGAGUUUUUAUCAACCCAGCCCUGGUGGAACCAUUUGGACUCACACUCAUUGAGGCAGCAGCUUAUGGUUUGCCCGUUGUUGCAACAAAAAAUGGAGGGCCAGUGGAUAUUCUAAAGGCACUCAACAAUGGACUCUUAAUUGACCCACAUGACCAGAAAGACAUAGCAGAUGCACUGGUAAAGCUUGUUGCAGACAAAAAUCUUUGGCAAGAAUGCCGCAAAAAUGGGCUGAAAAACAUACAUCGUUUUUCAUGGCCUGAACACUGCCGCAACUACCUAUCCCAUAUAGAGAAAUCCAGGAACCGCCACUCCAAUUCCCGCUUGGAAAUUACACCAAUUACUGAAGAGCCUAUAAGUGACUCAUUAAGAGAUGUAGAAGACCUUUCUUUAAGAUUCUCCAUUGAAGGAGACUCCAAGUUGAAUGGAGAGGUGGACCCAGAAGCAAGGCAGAAGAAAAUUAUCGAAGCAAUUACCCGCAGGGUCUCCUCUACUGGAAAUUCUAAUGCGAGUUACUUUCCUGGUAGAAGGCAAAGGCUGGUUGCAGUAGCUGCAGAUUGUUAUGAUAGUGAUGGAAACGGAACAGAAGACUUUCCGGCAAUUCUCAAGAAUGUGAUGAAGGCUGCACAAUCAGGCAUUAGCUCAGGCCGGGUGGGAGUUGUAUUGCUAACUAGUUUAAGUUUACAAGAGACAAUUGAAGCAUUGAACAGCUUCCAGGUAAAAAUAGAAGAAUUUGAUGCUUUGGUUUGCAACAGUGGAAGUGAAAUGUAUUUUCCACAGAAAGAUUUAAUGGCUGAUGUUGAUUAUGAAGCCCAUGUUGAGUAUGCAUGGCCUGGUGAGAAUAUUAGGUCAGUAGUGACCAGGAUUUCUAGAUUUGAAGAGGGAGAGGAAAAUGACAUUGUAGAAUAUGCCAGUGCUUGCAAUUCUAGGUGCUACUCCUAUAUUGUGAAACCAGGAGCCAUGAUUCGGAAGAUAGAUGACCUUCGCCAGAGGCUACGAAUGAGAGGCUUCCGCUGUAACCUUGUCUAUACACAUGCAGGAUUGAGAUUGAAUGUGAUACCAUUAUUUGCUUCAAGAAAACAAGCACUGAGGUAUCUGUCAAUUAAGUGGGGAAUAGAUCUCUCCAAAGUAGUUGUAAUUGUGGGAGAAAAAGGAGAUACGGAUUAUGAAGAACUCACGGCUGGUAUCCAAAAGACUCUUGUUUUAAGAGGGGUUGUUGAACAUGGCAGCGAAAGGCUUCUUCGCAGUGAAGACAGUAUCAAAGGAGAAGAUGUGGUCUCCCAAGAUAGCCCCAACAUUAUUUAUGCAGAGAAGAGCUUAGAGGACUAUGACAUCUCAGCAAUUCUGGAGCAUCUCAAAGUAUCAUGAUCUAUAUUUUUUGUUCAUUAGUUCUAACGUCAAUAUCUAUAACUAUAACCCCAGGUUAUUAACCUUAGAAAAGGCUACAAGCCAACAGUAAAUUAUACCAACAAAUAAUGUAUACCCAACUUCAAUAUUGCGUAGUUACAUAAAUAUAAAUAACAAAUACAUGUGUCCAUGAUUUAUAA